UUUAGAAAUAAUAGAUAUGCAAUUUAAUAUUUAACUGAUUAAUUGCAAAUAACGUAAAUAUUAAAUAGGUACAUUCAAUAUACCAGUAUUGUAUAUUUCUUUGGAUUAUCAAAUAAUAAUGUGGCAUUUGUAUGUCCAAUUCAAGUCUGGAACGAGUUCAAUUUCCGAUUGGGCAAUUAUAAUUUAAUAUAAAAAUAAUAACAUUUGAAAUAGAAUCUAAAUAAUUAAGAAAUAAUUCAACACAAAAUAUGGCACUGACAAAAUCACAGAUUAGUGCUGCUAAAGAAUAUUCUGAUGAACAGACUCUUUUAAUAGAAUUAUUUAAGAUAUUGUAUAAUGUACCAACGAUGGUAACUUGCAACGAAGCUGUGAUUGAUAACAUUAAUAAUACUCAAGAAUUAGUUAUUCAAAAAGGCAUGAUUGAUCCGGAGUCACAAAAAUCAUUAAUUGGAUUCUAUGAAGUAGCUGAAAAAGAAGUUAAAGAAGAAGAAGAAGUAUUUCGAAAAGCAUUAGCAAUAAUAAAUGAAGUACGAAAUUUACGUCAUCAAAAAAUAAAGUCACUUCUGCAGUCACAAAGAAGUUCAACUUUUCUUAAGUUAUUACAAGUAACAGCAGUAAGGAUGCCUGUAUGGUAUCCAAAAAAUGAUGAACGACCACCACCAUUGUGUGGUGCCAUUGAGCCACUUCCUUCUUAUACUGCAAAGAGUGGUGAUUUAGUGGCAGCACUAGUUAAACAAUCUGGAGAAGAAAGAUGGAUUGUAGCAGAAGCAGUAGAGUUUAAAAAUGGAAAAUAUGAAGUGGAAGAUAUUGAUGUAAAAGAAACAAAUCGUAAUUUUACGUUGGAAAAAAAAAAUGUAAAGCCAUUACCUCUUAUGAGAGCUGAUCCAAUCAUUAGUCCCGAUGCCUUCUUUCCCUGCAAUACAUUUGUCUUGGCCAUGUAUCCACAAACUACUUGUUUCUUCAAAGCUCUUGUAAAAGCUUCCCCUAAAACAAGUUAUGAUGGAUAUGAAGUAUUAUUUGAAGAUGAUUUCAAUCAAUAUACUAUAAUGAUGAUUGUGUCACAAAGAUUCGUUGUGUCAUUUCCAUCAUCAGAAAUUAUUCAUAAAGAUGAUUUAAAAAUAGAGUAUUAAUUGUUUAUUAUUUUUAAUAUUUAAUUGUAUUAUUGUAAACUAUA